UGCACUCUCAUCCCCUCUCUUUCUCUCUCUCUCUCUCUCUCUCUCUCUCUCUCUCUCUCUCUCUCUCUCCCUCACGCAUCCUCACUCUCCUUCACUCCCUCCCUCCCUCCCCUCUCAUCUACUCUCCUCUCCUAUCCUAUCCUCUCCUCUCCUCUCUUCCCGGUCCUCUCUGUCUUUCGCUCUGCCCGUCCUGCAAGGAAAGGAUAGCAUGGAGCCCAACAGUCCCAAGAAGAUCCAGUUCUCGGUGCCACUCUUCCAGAGCCAACUGGACCCGCAGGCGUCAGAACAUAUCCGAAAGAGAAGGCCCACACCUGCCACUCUGGUUAUCUACAAUGACCCCAACACAUCCGCGGAUGACAAGCUGACACCCAGCGGCCAGGGAGAGCAGACUCCAGGCACACAGCAGCUCUCGCCUGCACAGAGGAAACAGAGUGUCUACACGCCGCCCACCAUGAGAGAGCUACAGCUGGUGGUGGAGCAGCACUUCCAGCGUCAGGAGCAGCAACAGCAGGAUGGUGGAGGUGGAGCUCUCUCCUCCGACAGCCCCGACACGCCCAGCCCCGUCACGGCACCGCAGCAGCGCCACGCCCACGGCCACGGUCACGGGCACGGUCACGCUGCCAUGCCAACAGCCCCGCCGUGGCAAAACCACAACUACCCCGAGCCCAAUGGCAAUGACCGCAGUAGCAGCAACAGCAACAGCAGUAGUAGCCAGUCAAUCGGCACGCUGGGUAGCCCCGUUAGCUGCACUAGCAGCAGCAGCAGCACUGCCGUGGGGGGGAGAGACCAUCAGGCAGAAAGCCAUGGAGCGCAUGGGGAAGACAGGAACCCCAUCACCACCUCAACUCCACAAACCCACCCUCACCCUCACCCUCACCCUCACCCACAUCCGCAUCCACACCCACACCCACACCCGCUGCCCACCUCGCUGUCCCGCCAGGCCCUCUCUCACCUGGACCCGCUGUCUGAGGACGAGGAGCCCUCAGCUCCCCCACGCCGUAAAGACACACCCUACCAGCACCAGCCCCCCUUCACGCCAGGAGUGAAGCAGAUGAAGACACAGACAGAGGCCGACUCGUCCUUCGUGGAGGAAGAGGAGGCUGUCAGUGACCAGGAGGAAGAAAGUGGCACAGUGUGAACGCAGCGCAGCACGUCUAUACAAAGGGCCUGAGUUGCAUGGAGGUUUUAAUGAGCUAGUUUUUUCUCUCUCUAAAGUGACUUUCAGUUUUAAACAAAGUCUCUUUUGAUUGUUUUUGUUUGUUUGUUUGUUUCAUUUUUUAUUUUUGAAGGUGAUUCUGAUGUAGAGUCAAGAGGUAACAAAAUUGAGUUAUGGGCAUUGAAAUCAUCAGCAAUUUCUGUUUUCUUUCUUUACCAUCCUUUUUUCUUAGUCCUUUUUUGUUCACAUUCCGGUGUUGUCAUUUUGUGAGUUUAUGAUUGCAUUAGGACAGGCUAAAUGACUAAUGUCCCAGCAAUACUGUUUCAGUCUCUUCCAGAGGACGUAUGUGAUUGGCUGUUUUGCUGGUGUGUACAGUAUCCUCCAAUCACAGUGAGGCAAAAUCGUCAUUGUGUUUGUUACCAGUGUAAUGGCAAAGGCGUGUGCAUUCCUGACAAAUGUACUAUUUUUGUAGUUUUUGCUGUUUCCUAUUGAGGCUGAGUCGAUAUGAUGAAUAACGCAAGUCAUAACAGAGAGGCAUUCUGAAUGAGUCUGCAAUUGAUAGUGUUUAUGAUGAGAUUUCUGUAGAGCUGCUUUAGUGAAAGCCCUGACUCUGUAAAAAAAACCACAUCUUUCUUUCAUACCGAGAACAGAAAAUCUAUUGUUCAUAAAAUGCCAAUGCCAGAAUCCUUCCUUGUAUAUAAUUCAAAUGACUUUGCAAGCUUUUGUGCUUGUGCACCUCCACUCCACCACCCAGUAUUGAGCUGUCUAGUAGCUCAAAACCUGUCACUUUGCUCAUUAAAAACAGUUUCAAAUAAAACAAUCCCCACACUGAAAGCAGAAUAGUGCCUUAACUUGGUGACUUACCCAGGUCUGUAUUGCUCAUGUGUCAACCUGUAAUGAUGACAAAUUCAUAGGAAAGCAUAUUGAGGUGUAUUUCAUUUUCAAACAACAGACAUAUUCUGUGUCAAUGUUAUUCAAAUUGAAGUGUUUAUUGAAAUAUACUUUUGUUUAAAUACAUCUCUACUUUUGUUUAAAUAUGUCUAUCUGUCUGCAUGAGACCUGUCAGCAAUGUUAUGUUUAGAAAUAUGGAUCAGUUUGUGUUUUACAAAAAAGAAAAACUAAAAGGAUAUCCUAAUAAGAUAGCAAGAGACUCUGAAGGACUACGCCUGUCAAAGUAAAGUCAAGCCAAGCCUGGAAAACUUGGAACUAUUUCUCUGCAAUAAUGUAGGAUGUAGGCUAUAUAUGACCCUUGAUCACACGAAAUGUGAUUAAACAGACAAUAUGACCCUAAAUCAGACAAUAUGUCUUAUUAAACAGUGCAUCUCUCUACACAAGGGACUUUGUGUGCUGCAGCAACAUCUCACUAUUUGGACAUAAGCAAGGAGGACGUCAUGGAAUCCCUCAUACUUGCCCCAACUGGCAGCUUUUAUUUUUUGGGAAUGUGUUUCAUUUAUCAUUUUUUUGGAUGCAUGGCUUUUACUUUACCAAAAUGAAUAAAAUAUACUUGCUUUCUUUGCAUUCAUUUUUGGAGCAGCUUCUUUGAGAAUGUAAAUGUGAUGGUGAUCGGGUGAUGAUGUCAAACAAUUCGCAACACUGUGAGCUGUAGCAAGGCAAACUGUGGAACUAUGUCAGUGAUUAUUAGGCUGCAGCUUUGUAAGCGGUGAUUGGUCAUUGGGGUGUAGGGCUUUGAAAACACC